CCGGCGCUGUUUUCCAUAUUGCGGAUGUAAUUUUGUAGCAGGAAGUGAAGAGUUGUCAAACAAAUCAUGAGUUUUCACUACGGACAGGGGUAUCCAAGAGGAGGCCACCCACCUCAAGGUAACCCAUAUGGUGGAGGCCAAGGAGGUUACGGGGGUCCCCCUGGAGGUGGAACAGGCCCCACUGGGGGCCCAUAUGGGGGUUAUGGAGCUCCAGGUUAUGGUGGGCAAUAUGGGCAUGGACCUAGUGGCGCGCCUGGUGGUUACGGAGGACAGCCUUAUGGAGGACAGCCUUAUGGAGGACCUAACCAAUACAAUGCUCCUGCAGGUAACAUCCCUCCUGGUGUUAACCCGGAGGCAUACCAGUGGUUCUACAGCGUCGAUGCCGACCAGAGCGGCUUCAUCAACUCGAAGGAGCUGAAACAGGCUUUGGUCAACUCCAACUGGUCCAACUUCAACGACGAGACCUGCCUCAUGAUGAUCAAUAUGUUUGACAAGACGCGGUCGGGUCGGGUAGACUUGUUUGGUUUCUCAGCUCUGUGGGAUUACAUACAGCAGUGGAGGGCUUUGUUUCAGCAGUAUGACAGGGACCGCUCGGGAUCCAUCAGCGGCACAGAGCUGCACCAAGUUUUAACUCAGAUGGGCUACAAGUUCAGCCCCCAGUUUUCCGAGAUGCUGGUGCAACGCUUCGGUGGGAGGGGCGGCCCCCACGGCAUCCAGCUGGACCGCUUCAUCCAGGUGUGCACGCAGCUCCAGAGCAUGACGCAGGUGUUCAGGGAGCGAGACAGCGGCAUGACGGGCAACGUCCGACUCAGCUACGAGGACUUUCUCACCAGCGCCGUCACGAGGCUGAUGUGAGCGCGGCUUCGCCAACGAGCCCCGCUCACAGCUGUCGGAAGGCGCACCGUCAUUUCGCACGCAGGCCGACAGCCUCCCGGAUUUUCCCUGUGCUUCGCCAGAGGUGCCUCCCACCCCCACACAUUGCGGUAUAUUCAGUGUAGCGGCAGUCGCUGCAUUUAAUUUGACGGUUAGAAGCCUGACGUUGCACUAAGAUCUGCUCCUGUAAGAUGUUUAUCUACAUAAAACCAGUCUGACCAAGGAUAAUGGUUAUUGUUAGAGAAUUUUUUUUUUUUUUUUUUUACUUUUUUGCAAAAGUCUUGUGGGGUUGAAUUUGAGUUGAUAUGUAAUUACAGAUGAUGGGAACAUUACAGUUAUUAGAUUUAUUGUUACACUGAGGCCUCACAGUUUCAUCAGGCCUUUUCCAACUAAACUUGUAAAAACUUGUCUUUUUUUAUUAGCUGUUUUUUUCUCACUGCGUUUAACACAUUAAUCAAAUAUUUCUUUGUACAACUGUACAGAUUAAUAUACAGUAUACAAAAAUAUUAUGUGGACCUUUUAAAAUGGACAAAAUUGUGUGCAAAUUUGAGUUUUUUCCGUAGUCUUGAGUUUUGCUAAAUGAUUUGUGAUGCUAAUGAAUAAAUGUUUUGCCAUUUGUA